CCGCCAACUUCUCCAUAAAGCACCACGCCCCGCGAACAAUGGCCGCUUCUGCACCUGCUUUGUCGUCGCACGAGAGGACCAGAGUGGAGGAUUAUUUGAACGACAAGCUUCAGGUUUCUGCUGAUUUGGAGAGCCUUGACUCAUUGUUAUCGAGUUUAAGAGCCCAGCAUGAGCUCCAACGCAAGCAGCUAGCCGAAGCACAAGAAGCUCUCUCCAAUGCCACCAAGGCCUCCAACGACCACGCCGAAGCCACUCGCCAGCGUGCCGAAGCAUUCAAUGAGCAGCAGGAGGACAUUGACAGGCGCCUGAAGACGAUCACUGGAUCCGACUCCAGCGAUGAUGCAGCCAAACGGUUCGAAGCCAGCAUAGAAAAGCUGCGCAGACUCGAGAUUUCCAGGGGUUAUAUGACUGUGCUGAAAGAGGCGGAAGAGUUGAGCAAGGAAGCUUUGAACCACAUCAAAAGUGAUCCCAGGGCCGCGCUACAAUCAUAUACCAGACUACGAAGUAUAUCUCGAUCGCUGAAUGAGGCUCAGCCGGCAGCAGAGGGGGCUGCUCCGCACUUGGUCGAUUACGUGGGGAAGCUGGUUUCCGCGCUUAGAGAGCAGAUGAAGGACAAUUUCUCGCAGCGGCUACAAGAGACGAUGGAUCGCAUGAAAUGGCCUUCGAAAGACUUGCAAUUCUCAGACGAUGUACACGGGGAGUGGAAGGAAAACGUCGAACUGCUCCUUGGCUUGCAAAUACCAGAGCUCAUCGGCCGUGCAUCUGUGUCUGAACACCACUGUACCGAGCCUCCGGUGUUGUUGCCGCUAGAAGUGAUGGUGCACCCGCUGGAACUUCGGUUCAAAUACCACUUCAGCGGAGAUAAGCCAACCAACAGGCUCGACAAGCCGGAAUACUUCCUAGCUCAUGUCACGGAUUUGAUCAAUAACUUUGGAAGCUUCUUCGCCUCGUCUUUACAGCCUAUAUUCGAUGAAAAGGCGAAACAGGUCGGAUCGGAUCUAGAGUGGAACUUCUACAACGCCUCUCAUGCCUUUAUUACGGCACUUCUGCCUGUGUUGCGGCAUAAAAUAGCUACAUUUUUGCCUCAAAUCUCGACACAUCCACAGCUUCUGAGCCAUUUCGUGCACGAGUUGAUGAGUUUCGACAACGAGGUCCGCGAAUCCUGGAACUACCUCCCGGACCCCUAUGCCGCUGGGGACUGGAAGGGAAUGACGUGGGAGGUUUUGACCAAGCAAGGCUGGUUUGACCGCUGGCUCCAAGUCGAGAAGGACUUCGCGUUAGCUCGCUACAAAGAGAUUGUGGACAACCCGGAUAGUGGUCACAUCGACUACGAUGGUGUCGAGCUUUCGUCAACAAAGCCGACCAAAGCUGCAAUCCGUGUCAACGAUCUCCUGGAAACGAUCACCGAGCGCUACCAACCGUUGUCAUCAUUCAGUCAAAAGCUUCGCUUCCUCAUCGACAUCCAGAUCACCAUUUUUGACCAAUUUCACGAACGCCUGCAGUCCGCUCUGGAAGCUUACCUUGCAAUGACUUCAACCAUCGGUCGGACCGUUCAGGGCGCAGAGGGACAAGCCAGCGUCGAAGGCGUGGCCGGAUUAGAACGACUUUGUAGAGUUUUUGGGAGCGCGGAGUAUCUCGAGAAGAAGAUGGAAGAUUGGAGCAACGAGGUCUUCUUUGUGGAGCUCUGGACCGAGCUCCAAGAGCGCGUCAGGCAAAAUAAGGACGGUGGCAAGAACGUUGCCGGCUCCAUGUCCGUCGCUGACGUUGCAUCGCGCACAUCUCAGGCCGUGAACAACAACCGCCAUGACGGCGAUCAGAGUGCGGCCCCCGAAGGUGCCUUGUUCGACGAGACUGCUUCCGCGUACCGUCGGCUGCGACUCCGCUCUGAGUCCAUCAUCACAUCCACCCUGACGUCCAACGUACGCUCGGCUUUGAAGCCCUAUUCCCGCGUGUCAACCUGGACCACUUUGGCGGCCACAACACCUGCUCCAAAUGGCGCCCCCCUGCCGCCGACAUCCGAUCUGGCCCCUGUUCUGCGCACCAUCUCAGCAGAGUUAUCUUUCCUCUCCCGAGCCCUGGGUUUCGCUCCCUUACGUCGCAUCACCCGCCAGGUCCUUCUCGCUAUCCAGACAUUCAUGUGGAGCAGUAUCCUCAUGAGAAACACGUUCUCAGCUUCCGGAGCCCUGCAAUUCAUCAGCGACAUGGACCAUCUCGGUAGCGUGGUUGACGUCGCUUUAGGCGCGGCAAGCCAAUCCGGCGGCUCCAUGAAAGUGCUGAAGAAGUUAAGCGAGGCGCUCCAACUCCUGGGGCUGAGUUCGGCAGAGCAGACGUCAUUGGAUGGCGCGACAGACCAGAGCGAGGACGCGUCCAAGGUAGCAGGCCUGCAGGUGCCGCUCGGGCUAUGGGAAGUCGAAAAGAGAUUGUUCAAGGACAACGAGAGCGCCCGGGAAGUCCUCGCUGAGCUUGGGAUUGAGUCGUUGACGGAAGCGGAGGCGAGAAGUGUUUUGGAGAGACGAGCGGAGAUCGGAAAUUAGUGCUUGAAGCCGAGUAUUUAAGGCGCCUUCUCCCUUUUCCCUCCCGUUGUGCAUAUCCUAGCCGAU